AUGACCCAGGUGGAAGGAAGAGGGCAGUUGGAAAUUAGAGACUCAACUCCAGAAGAGAGAUCUGGGUUGAAAUCAGAGAUCUGGGGUCACCUGAUUUUGGGUCAGGAUGACGACCAAGAUCACCAAACAAGCAGGUGUCUAAAUCUUGAUCACCCGUCCCUUCUACAAGGUUUCACACUGGCACAUUAUGUUGAUAACAUUGUGCUAUUUGGACCAAAAAUCCAAAGUCUUGAUCUACAUUCUGUUCUCUUAGGACUCUGGGGUUUGGUUAAUAAUGCAGCCGUUUUCCCAACAAUUUCCUACAUUGAGUGGCUGAAACCCGAGGACUACAUGUCUGUCUUUCAAGUGAACCUCGUUGGUUUGGCCCAGGUGACUCUGAGCAUGCUUUUCCUGGUGAAGAAGGCUCAGGGCAGGACUGUCAAUGUCUCCAGUGUUUUGGGAAGAGUCGCUUUUUUUGGAGGCUUCUACAGUUGCUCCAAGUAUGGAGUUGAAGCAUUUUCAGAUAUACUAAGGUGUGAGGUUCAAGAUUUUGGGGUGAAAGUCAGCAUAAUUGAACCUGGGAGCUUCAAAACUGGAACGACAGACCCAGAGUUAACCAUGGAGAGAGGAAGCAAGAAAGCCUGGGAAGCAGCCCCUGAGCACGUCAAGGAAUCCUAUGGGCAGCAGUUUUUUGACGACUUUUACAGAGUCACCAAACAAAACUUGAUGAUUAGCAGCACCAACCUGAACCUCGUCACCGACUGCAUGGAGCAUGCGCUGACUUCUACGUAUCCACGCACCCGAUACUCUGCCUGCUGGGAUGCCCAGUUUAUCUUCAUCACGCUAUCUUAUUUGCCUACGUCACUGGCAGACUACAUAUUGACCAGAUCUAGGCCCAAGCCAGCUCAGGCAGCCUGA